GAUCAUAUUGAAUGGCGGUGCAGGCUCGAAGGGCCGAAUGGCCUAAUCCUGCACCUAUUUUCUAUGUUUCGAAAUGUCACCUAUUCCUUCGCUCCAUAGAUGCUGCCUCACCCGCUGAGUUUCUCCAGCAUUCUUGUCUACCUUAAAGCCAUGCCUCACAGUACGGGUCUCCAGAGGUUUCCGUUCAGGUUUCCUAAGUGGGACAGGGGCAUUAACUAAUCACAAAUUGAGGGUGUGAAGAACUAAUUGUUCCCGAUGUUGGGGAAGUCCAGGACAAGGGGUCACAGCUUAAGGAUAAGGGGGAAAUCCUUUAAAACCGAGAUGAGAAGAACUAUUUUCACACAGAGAGUGGUGAAUCUCUGGAACUCUCUGCCACAGAGGGUAGUUGAGGCCAGUUCAUUGGCUAUAUUUAAGAGGGAGUUAGAUGUGGCCUUUGUGGCUAAGGGGAUCAGGGGGUGUGGAGAGAAGGCAGGUACGGGAUACUGAGUUGGAUGAUCAGCCAUGAUCCUAUUGAAUGGCGGUGCAGGCUCGAAGGGCCGAAUGGCCUACUCCUGCACCUAAUUUCUAUGUUUCUAUGUUUCUAAUAUGUUUCUCUUUUGUUGUACCUUAAACGAUGAACCCAAUCGCGAGGGUAAUUUGAGGGGAGGGUCUGUAGAUUUUGCUGAGGGGAAACAUUACUGGCAAUUCGAGGCAGGCUUGGGCAAGGGACUGUGCCAGCAAGUUUUUUUUAAACUAAUUUUAGGUCAGUCGAGUUCUGCUUUGGAAACAGCGAGAUUUUCCUGUAACUCGUCGCACAUAGCGCUUCCGCAGCUGUGAAGGAAGUUGCCUCUUGUGGUUUUUUCAGAGACAGUAUCACGACAUCUUCAGCUUGGGUUAGACCUCUUCGUUACUUCGGCGCUCGAUCGAACUCUGCAACAAUGAUACGGCGGAAAGCCUCCAACGCCUCGGACAAGGAGAAGUGCUUGAAGCCCAAGCGUACCAGCAGCUUCGGCAGUUUUGAUCGUUUCAGGAACACGGCCAAAUCUGUUGUGGGUGUGUGGGUGUGUGCGCCCGAUGGUGAAGCCGCCGGCGAGAACACGGCCAAACCGACAACAAAUUCGGGCAGCAUCAGUAAGACCAUGAGGUGCAUCACCAAAACCAUGAAGAAGAAAAUGGCACGCAAGUACAUCAAAGCCUUGUCGGAGGAGAUGGGCGAGGACAGUGGGGGGGAAGAUCCAUUAAACCAUGGAACGGAAGAACAAGAAGGUGAAGUGCGCUUGUUAAGACCCUGCGAAUCUCUCGAGAGCCUUCAGAGUCUUCACAGUGGCCAGAGCUCGUCCAGUGGAAUGGCAAGUGCAUCGGACACCAUGAGCAACAGGGACAGUCUGCGGCUGGAUGAGGAGGUGCCCUACACCGGUCCUUUUUGUGGUCGCGCUCGUGUGCACACGGACUUCACACCGAGCCCCUACGACACCGACUCCCUGAAGCUCAAGAAAGGAGACAUCAUCAGUAUCAUCAACAAGUCUACAAUGGGCACCUGGACGGGAAUGCUCAACUCCAGAGUGGGAAACUUCAAGUUCAUUUACGUGGAUGUCCUUCCCGAUGAAGAGAGCGACCCCAAGAAACACCGACGCCACAGGAGGAGCACACAGCCGCUUCCCGACUCCCUCCAGGAAUUGUUGGAAAGAAUCCAACUGCAGGAUCUUUAUUCCACUUUCCUCCUGAACGGCUACCAGAAUCUGGAUGACCUCAAAGACCUGAAGGAAUGUCAUCUCGUUGAACUUAACAUCACAGACUCGGAGCUGCGAGCAAAGAUCUUGUCUGCCGCACAGCAGAGUUCUGACAAUAUGGACGUCCUGAGUGAAGAGGAGGACAAAAAUGCCCCAACAACUCAGAAUGAAGACUUCAACCUGAAAAACGACCGAUCCCAAUUGCUGGAAUGCCCCAGGGACUCGGGAUGUUAUGCCACUUCGGAAAUCUCAGACAAUGGAAAAGACGACUUCGACUUGGUGAACUUGCCGGAAAUGGUCGAGGAUGUCUCUCUAACCAACUGAUCGCUGUGGAGAGAAGCCAGUCACAAGAUACAUGUAGCAUUUAAUGGGAAGGGGUCUGUUACAGAGGGAGUUGGCAGGCUUCUGGUAUUGGUGUUCACUUCAUUUAAUAUAAGGCAGUGUUUUGAAUUACCCUGUAAUCUCUCCCUAAAGCAUAGAAACAUGUCAAAACAUUUGCAAAACUCUGUAAUUCUCCUUCAUCUGUUUCCGUUUGAGCUGGGACAAUUUUGCUAAUAUAUUUAAAGAGAAAUCGAUUGGAUAAUUGGGACAAAUUACAGCAUUUUCGGAAGAGAGCAAAGAAUUUGUACAUGCUGCUUACUUCAGCUGUUAUUGGGUAAAAGACGGAUUUUGGCUGCCCAACCCAAAUCGUUUUUUUUAUAAUCCUUUGAUCUUUUCUCUAGCUGCACCACUGAUCUAUGCUGUGCUAAGAUCAGUUAAUAAUAAAUUGGACAAAUUGAACGUCCUAAUGGGUCAAAUGUUGGGAAAACCCAACAACUUUUCAUUCAGUUUAGUUUAUUGUCACGUGUACCGAGGUACAGUGAAAAGCUUUUUUGUUGCGAGCUAUCCAGCCAGCAGAAAGACGAUACAUCUUACAAUCAAGCCGUCCACAGUGUACAGAUACAGGAUAAAGGGAAUAUGGUUUAACGCAAGAUAAAGUCCGAUUGAAGAUAGUCCGAGGGUCUCCAAUGAGGUAGAUGGGAGGUCAGGACCGCUCUCUAGUUGGUGGUAGGAUGGUUCAGUUGCCUGAUAACAGCUGGGAAGAAACCGUCCCUGAAUCUGGAGGGUACACAAAAUUGCUGGAGAAACUCAGCGGGUGCAGCAGCAUCUAUGGAGCGAAGGAAAUAGGCGACGUU